AUGCGGCUGCUCGUGAUCGUGGCCCAUCCGCAUGACCUGUGUCACAUGGCUGGCACCUGUGCGCAUCACGUGGAACGUGGUGAUCGUGUCACAGCCGUAGCGAUCACCGGGGGUCAGACGACGCACGACGAGGAACUGGCAGACGAGCUGCGUAAGUCGCCGGAUCAGAGGGACAUGACCAUCGUCGGUCGAUCACAGGAGGAAUACGCAGCGAGCAAAGCACGGGAAUUCGUGAACGUGUGUGAACUCUUCGGCAUAGCCGACGUGCGGAUUCUCCCCUUUUCCGACAACCCUAUCGAGGUGACCGAUGAAAUCGUGCGAACCCUGGCUGAGAUUCUGUACGAUGUGCGACCACAGAUGGUGCUGACCCAUGCACCGUAUACGCUACCGGAUCGACGCAGUCACUACGCGUGGAUCGACGACCAUACGGCUGCCGGCAUAACGGUUCAAAGAGCACUCCAGCAUAUAAGCAUCCCCGACAGAGAUCGGGGACACGCUCCUCACAAAGUGGCUUCGGUGUACUAUACGGGUGUCGAUUACGCUUUUCAUGAAGUGGACGUGUGUAUCGACAUUUCCGAUCAGGUUGAGAAUCGGAAGAAAGCGGAAAUAUUGUUUGAAUCCCAGGGGCACACUCCGGAGUUGGCGGAAAAGCGGAUAGAAUCCAAUGCCGGGUUUCAAGGUUGGAAGGCUCACAUCGGCUACGCUGAGACGUUUAUCCGCGGGUACCGCGAAAUUGGUCGAUGUCUGUCCGUAACUGAGGAAAACCUGCUCCUUGCGGAGAUGUCACACGAGGAGCGCCUGCGCCGGCAGACCGGUAAAGGGCCCAGAUACCGAUAG